AUGGGGCCACCCGCUGUCGCUCGCGAGGAACACCAAGAUAAAUCCAUCAUGGCGAUUGAGCCCCGUCCGCUCAGUGCCAACGCAUCUGAUUUCCGCCUAUCUCAAACCCGUUUCCUAAGAGCCAAAUCAACUUCAUCAACAGCCCUAUUCUGUGGCUCGAGCAACGGAGAUUGCCCGGGUUGCAGGGACUAUAAUGAAAUAGUCAAAAACACAUUUCCAUUGUCACUCGACCACCUCAUCCCCCUGAUCCAAUACAACAUUAUCCGCGCAUCCUUGACCAACGCUUCAAUUCUCUCCAUUCACCUACCUGCAGGCAAGUGCGGCCCAGCGUGGAGUAGAGUGCCGCUGUUUCCUGCACCACCCACCAUCCCUGACUCCCUGGCACCGACCGUCCUACAGCUCAGUACCCCGCAUGACGUGUGGAUCGACCUCUUGCCCGACCCGACAAUGAGGGAUAAUGCCAUUAGGGCUCUCGACACGAUUGACGUAACUGCGCUUCAACGUGAUCUCACCGGCAGCCAGUGUGGCGCUGGCAACAAUGUGGAUUUCGUUGGCAUUCUUGCGUGGAACGACCCUUGGCGUCCAGAUGGGUGGGAGCUAAGCGAAGGCUUUGUGAAGAAAUGGUCAAUACUUCUGCUUGGAUGCUGGGAGUUGCUGGCAGCGACGAAUCGGUGGAGGGCAAAGCGUGGGGAGGAGCCGCUGGUGUUUGAAAGGAUCGGUCAUUACAAGAAAACUCCCAAGAUAACGUCGAUUGGGUUUUUACCUAUCCCAUUUAUUGGAUCAUGGGUUGCCGCGAUUAGAUUUAUGCGGAAUCCUGUCAAGUUUGUUCGUGAAGGCCAAGCCAAAGCGAAGAAUGGGUUGUUCCGCAUCGCCACGAUCCAGGGAGAGUACGCCCUCGUCACCGAUCGUCAUAAAGUAGCCGAGUAUAUCAAGGCGCCAGACACGGUAUUGAACUCCCAAGACGGCUCAAACGAUUACACCCCAAUUGGCUUGUACGAUGCGAUUGCCCUUACGGUAGCACGCAUCAGCAACCGGAUCUAUGUCGGAACCGAGUUCUGUCGAAAUGAGGAGUUCCUGAAGAACGCUGCAGACUACGCCCAGGCUGUGGUCGUGUCAGCCGAGAUCCUCCGUGUGUUCCCGGAACGGUUCAAACCCAUUCUAGUCCAAUUCCUUCCUGUGAUGAAGUAUCGACGAAAUGGAUACAAGUUCCUACAGUCCUUUAUCGAAGAUCGCUUGAAUGGAAAGCUGGAUGAGAAUGGAAAUAAGCCUGACGAUCUCGUCCAAUGGCUCGUGGACGCGGCUCCUCCCAUUGAGAAAAACGGACCCAUGAUUUCAGAGCGGGUUAUGGCCUUGAAUGUCGCAUCAAUCCACACUACAACAAUGACAUUCACAUGUGCGUUGUAUACUCUCGCGGCACAGCCGGAGAAGUAUCUUGAGCCCCUGCGACAAGAAGUUAUGGAAAAUCUCGAGGAUGGUCAAAUCACGUACAAGACCCUGCAAAAUCUGCCAAAAAUGGAGAGUUUCUUGAGAGAAUCUGGUCGCUUCAACAACGCUGGCCUGAUGGCGAUGCAGCGAAAUGCCCGCAAAGAGUUCCGAUUUUCAGACGGCACGGUCAUCCCAGCUGGUGCCAAGAUAGGCGCACCGAGUUUGGUCCUACAUCGAGACCCAGAGGUAUACGAAGACCCAGAUGUUUUUGACGGGUUCCGCUUCUGCAGUCCCAAGUACGCCGAUAACAAAGAGGACUCGCCCGUCUACACCACGAACAACUUUUUUUUGUUCGGGCACGGAAGGCAUCCCUGGUAA